AGUCCAAAUACUACAGGGGUAGUGCAUUACAGAAACGUCUCAGAGACCGUGAGAAGGAGACGGAGCUGGAUGAUAGAGACCGGAAGAGGGAGAAGGAAGAGCAUGAUCAGAUCAGACAGAGACUGUUAGCUGAGGGACACCCAGACCCUGAGGCCGAGCUGCAGAGGAUGGAGGAGGAGGCAGAGCGGAGGCGGCAGCCCCCAGUGAAGCUGGAGGAGGAGGCAGAGCGGAGGCGGCAGCCCCCAGUGAAGCCGGAGGAGGAGGUGCAGCAGGAGAAACCACACAGGGAGAGGGAGCACAGGGAGCACCGAGAGAGGGAGCACCGAGAGAGGGAGCACCGAGAGAGGGAGCACCGAGAGAGGGAGAACCGAGAGAGGGAGCACCACAGGGACAGGAGAGGAGGAGGAGGUGCAGACAGGCCUCCUCCCGAACACCCUCAGUCCCAAUCAGACGAUGACGUGGAGGAUGGAGAGGAGCUUGACGAUCGUGGACGGGACGACUCGUCAGACGCCAGGACACACCCACACCUCAAGCCCACGCUCCGGCCAAUCACGUCGGCACCCUCUGUGUCGUCGGGCAGCGGCGGCGCCACGCCCAACUCCCCUGGCAACGAGUCUCCGUGUGGCAUCAUCAUCCCUCAUGAGAACUCUCCAGACGCCCAACCCACAGAUGAACACCGGCCCAAGAUAGGCCUCAGCCUCAAACUGGGUGAGUUAGAACUAUUCUGA